UUAUGUAAAUGUUUGAACGUUUUUAAUAUAUAAUAAGGUUCCAAACAUAAUAUAUUAAGAAAGACAAAGAGAGAGAGAAUAGAAUAGAAUCACACAAACAAACAUAUCAUAGGAGAAAACAAAAAAAUCUCACUUGGUCUUUUAUUCUUUCAUCUUCUAUGGUUUUUUGUUUUUUCCAUGAAGAAAAUUAAUACAUUUAGUAUAUUCUAAGGUUAAGAGAAGAUGAAGAUGAAGAUGUUGAGUAAGAAGAACAAUAAUGUUAUCUUCUUUUGGUGGUUAGGAAUGAUUAUGAAGUUUUGUUUCUUGCUCUGUGCUUGUUCUGAGAAUACAUCAUUAAGUGGAGGAUCAAAGAAGAUCAAUAGCUUUGGAUCAACAUCUAUAGUUAAGCUGAAUACAGAAGACAAUCAACAGUUGGUUAUUGACAAUGGCAUUGUUUCUGUGACUUUGUCAAGACCCGAGGGGCACGUCAUUGCAAUAUCGUAUAAUGGAAUUGACAACAUUCUUGAAUCUGAAAACGAUGAAGAUGAUAGAGGGUACUUCGACGUUGUUUGGAAUGAAGUAGGAAAGCCUAGCACCUUCCAAAGGUAUAACUCUUUUCCUUCAAAAAUAAGAAUCGAAGGAACAAACUUUUCGGUUAUAGCAGCUGAUGAGAAUAUGGUGGAGGUUUCAUUUUUAAGAUCAUGGACAUCUUCAAUGAGUGGCAAAGAUGUCCCUAUAAACAUAGACAAAAGAUACAUUUUCAGAAGUGGUGAUUCAGGAUUUUAUUCAUAUGCAAUAUUUGAUCGCCCUGAAGGAAUGCCAGCAGUUGAGGUUGAUCAAAUUAGAUAUGUUUUCAAACUCAAUCAACAUAGGUUCAAGUACAUGGCAUUAUCUAAUACAAGGCAAAGAAGCAUGCCAACAAUGAGAGAUAGAGACACAGGUCAAGUACUUGCUUACAAAGAAGCAGUUCUAUUAACAAAACCAAUUAAUCCACAAUUUAGAGGAGAGGUGGAUGAUAAAUAUCAGUACUCAUGUGAGAACACAGAUAACACUGUUCAUGGUUGGAUUAAUUUUGAUUCUGAUGAACCUGUUGGUUUUUGGAUGAUAACACCUAGUAAUGAAUUUCGUAAUGGUGGACCAAUUAAGCAAGAUCUUACUUCUCAUGUUGGACCCAUCACUCUCUCGAUGUUUGUGAGCACACACUAUGCUGGAAAGGAAGUAACCAUGGCAUUUGAAGAAGGUGAAACUUAUAAAAAGGUUUUUGGUCCUGUGUUUGUUUACCUUAACACUGAUUCAAGCAAGAAUGAUAAUACAACUCUCUGGUCAGAUGCUGUACAACAGUUAUCCAAGGAAGUCAAAAGCUGGCCUUAUGAUUUUCCUAAAUCACAAGAUUAUUUUCCACCUAAUCAACGAGGAGCAGUAUUUGGAAGAUUACUAGUCCAAGAUUGGUACUUGCAAGGAGGGAAAUUUCAGGGUACUAAUGCUUAUGUGGGUCUAGCUUUGCCUGGAGAUGCAGGAUCAUGGCAAAGAGAAAGCAAGGGAUAUCAAUUUUGGACUCGAUCUGACGCCAAGGGAUACUUUAAAAUAAACAAUAUUGUUCCAGGUGACUAUAAUUUGUACGGUUGGGUCCCUGGAUUCAUUGGUGAUUACAAGUAUAAUGGUACAAUCACCAUUACACCAGGAGGAGUCAUAAACUUAAAUUAUCUUGUAUAUAAUCCUCCAAGAAAUGGACCAACCAUUUGGGAAAUCGGUAUUCCAAAUCGCUUGGCUUCGGAAUUUCAUGUACCAGAUCCUUACCCUACUCUCAUGAACAAAUUAUACACCGCACAACGAAGAGACAAGUUUAGGCAAUAUGGGUUGUGGGAACGUUACACUGAUAUGUAUCCAAAUGAUGAUCUUAUUUACACUGUCGGUGUUAACAAGUAUAGAGAUUGGUUUUAUGCUCAUGUUACAAGAAGCAAAGGUAAUAAAACAUAUGAACCAACAACAUGGCAAAUUAUAUUUGAACAUGAACAAGACAUAAUCAGUGGAAACUACACACUGCAACUGGCCUUGGCUAGUGCUGCCGAUGCUGACCUACAGGUACGGUUCAAUGAUCCUAGCAUAUAUCCACCGCACUUUGCGACAGGGCUCAUAGGAGGAGACAAUGCCAUAGCAAGACAUGGAAUUCAUGGAUUGCAUUGGUUGUUCAGCAUUGACGUGCCUAGUGAUCUUCUUGUGAAAGGAAAGAACAUCGUCUAUCUGAGACAAUCAAAAGCUCUUAGUCCGUUUCAAGGAGUUAUGUAUGAUUAUAUCCGUUUAGAACGACCAUCGUCUAAAACUUGAUUGUGUUCAACUUCUUGUUGGCACUUUGUAUAGACUAUAUGAUUUAGUUUUACUUUGUGCAUCUCAAUUGGUUUUUAGAAAGAAUUGAUUCAUAGAAUAAAUUACAUAUUUAAAAAAUUUCA